AUGGGACUCUUCUUGACCAUAGGAAUUCUGCUGUUCCAGAAACCCACAGUAACUGAACAACUUAAGAAGUGUUGGGAUAACCAUGUACAAGGACAUUGCAGGAAAAUCUGCAAAAUCGCUGAAAUACGUGCGGUAUUAUGUCCAAAUGGGAGAUUUUGUUGCCUCAGUAUCAAGGAGGUGAUAGCGCGUAGAAGAAUUACGCAGCCACCUCGUCCAAAACGACCAGAAAUUGCACUGACUCUUCCUCAGGAUGAAGAUGAGCCCAUCCACAAUAUCAUGGUUACCUUUAAUCGUCACAUCUCUUUAGCCUCUCUGGUCUUUGACAAUUUCUCAGAAUUUCCUCGUUUUUGA